AUGCGUCCUUUGACCCCUCGAGCUUGGAGCUUGCCUCUAUCGACAAAGGUUCAUAUUCGUCGAGCAACUAAUGCUACUGCCCCAUCUUUCAAUCCAUUUUCUGUGCAGUCACUUGCAGUUCCUCACCUGACUGCUAGGACUAUUGAAUAUUCGAUACAGCAGAAUCAUGUCAAUGAUGUUCACGAGCAACUCGGGCGCCAUGGUAUACUCAAGAUCAGUUUGAGCUUCCCAGACCCAGAGAGCCGGUAUCUUGAGCAACUGGUUUCAAGUCUCCACGAGUACUGCGGCCACCAGCUACCCAUUACACACAGUGCCUCGCGUGGGUGGUUUUGGGACGUACGGCCAGAGAGCGUCGCCUUCCAGACAGCCAACCAUCGCGCAAGAUCAGAGACGAUGGAUGAAUUCCCCUGGCAUACCGACUGCAGCUAUGAAGAAUUGCCUCCACGGUAUUUUGCACUCCAAGUCCUCCAGCAUGACAGAUUUGGCGGAGGUACUCUGUCGGCUAUGAAUAUUGAGAGGCUCAAUCAAUCCUUGUCUCAAUCCUCCCAGAGCUCGUUAAUGAGACAGGAGUUUGGGAUCAAAAUUCCAAAAGAGUUUAUCAAGGAUCCGGCGAAACAGCAGAUUGUGGGGAAUUUAAUGGCUAUUGACCCGGAGAGCCAAUCGUGUAUGAUGCGUUUUAGAAGAGAUCUGGUGAUACCAAUGACGAAAAGCGCCUCGGAUGCUCUCGAAGAACUUGAUGCCUGCCUGAAGCGCGCAAACGCCACGGCCCAGGCAGAGUCGCAGUCAAUCGUGCAUCUCACCCCUUCCCGUCUUCCCACGGGCACCAUUAUUAUGAUGGAUAACCGUCGUUGGUUGCAUUCUCGGAACAAUAUCAACGACCCGAAGCGUCACCUGCGCCGCCUUCGUUGGGACGCCAUCUCGUUCCCUGAUAGCGGUAAAACAAUGGAAUUAAGGUCAAGCGGGCAAGAUUAG